AGUCCGUACACUACUGCCUCCGUCACUACCACAGCCCCUGCUGACACAAGUAGCGAGGUGUCGCGCAAGAUCAAAGAGAAGUUCAAAAGUCGCAUUUCCAAUCAUGUCAUUCGUUGUCUCAAUCCUUUCCGUAAACCGGACUGUAAAUGCGGCCAGAUCACGAACAACGAAGACUUCAAGCAUCUGGCUCGGAAGCUGACCCAUGCCAUUUUGGAGAAGGAGUUAAAAAAUGUGUACAGCAUGGAGGAUCUGAAGGUUACGGACUCUGUUUUGCGCAAAGCCCGUGAUUACAUCAGACGUUAUAUGGUGAAGAUCGGUCCCGUGUACAAACGGCUUGUAGGAACCCCUUGA